AUGUUUAUUACUAGAAAUUGUAAUUAUUCUUUGUUAAGUGUUUUUAUUAAAAAAAACUAUACUUACCCAUUUAUUCGAUGUUUAUCAUCGAGUACAACUGAUAAGCUACAUGAAGUUGGCCUUCUAACAGCUGUUAAACAAGAAGGAAAUUAUGAGACAGGUCAGGUAUGUCAUACAAUGAUACUAGCGUAUAUGAGAAGUCUAUUGAUAGCUGUAUGA